AUGCGGCUUUUUGCGGCUCUCCAGCUUGGGCUUCUUGCUCUAGCUGUCCCAGGACUAUGCGCUUCAUCGGGAUGGGGAUUUGCUGAUGGCACGCUAUCCGUCCAUCAAAAGGGUGCUGGAAUAGGUGGUGCUCAAAAGCAGAAGCUAUCACAAGACAAGCCGUUAACAACAGCGAUAACACUGAAUGAUGCAAGCACAUUGAAGCUUCUUCUGACGCUACAAGAAGAUAAUACCGCAGCUAAACCCCAUCAGGCCUUUUUGACUCUCAAAGAAAUCGAUUCCGGGCUGGACAUCUCAUACCCGCUCAGCGUCAAGGCGAAUGGAAAGGCCAUUGUCGAAUUGAAUCACAAAGAUCUCCCAGUUCAAUUCCUCGCUGCCAAAGCCCCAGUUGAAGCCUCCUUGUUGAUUGCUUCUUUUGGUUCUUCGAGCGGCUAUUACAAGCCCGCCUUUAAAAUAUCCCUUGAACAUAACACAAACACCCCUCUUCCCUCCUCGAAGGCUCUCCGAUAUGGAAAACUAGAAGAGAUUCAUCAUACUUUCAGAGAAGACCCCCGCAGUCCUCCUGUAAUUGUCUCCUUGUUCUUUGUCCUUGCUGUCCUGGCUACCCUACCGCUUCUCGUGGUCUCUUGGCUUUACCUAGGUGCCAAUGCCAACCACCUUUCCGUUGCGCUGAAAUCCGCACCUCUCCCCCAUAUAGUUUUCGUGGGGUCUAUUAUUGGACUUGAGUUGACCUUUUUCAUGUACUAUACGAGCUGGAAUCUGUUCCAGACUCUACCUGUUGCUGCAUCUAUUGGUGUCGUAUCUGUUAUAAGCGGAAGUCGAGCACUAGGAGAAGUACAGCAGAGACGACUUGCUGGCCAUCGAUAG